AUGAAUGAAAUGGCGAUAUCUAUCACCCACGAUGUCACAAUAAGUGGCAGUCUUUUCUUCUACUCUUUUAUAUUGAUCACUUUGGUCUGUCCCCUUAGGAUUGUUUUCUACCGCCUAUUCUGGAAUCCCCUUGCGAAAUUUCCUAGUCCGAGAAUCGCUGCUGCCACGUAUCUUUAUGAGAUCGCUUUUGAUUACUUCGGGAACAGAGCAUACCUUUUCGAGAUCGAGCGCAUGCACAACAGAUACGGACCUAUUGUUCCUGUGAAUCCAACAGAACUCUCGAUCAAGGAUGGCGAGUUUUACGAGAAAGUCUACGUCAAUGGAAAUGUUAGACGUACUGAAGCUCUUCCGAGCUUCGGCGACGGAAUGGACUUCAACAACAGCCACGGUAUGACAGUAGAUCACCAUCAGCACAGACAGCGACGAAAGCCUUUGGAACCCUUCUUCUCCAAAGCCGGAGUCGCACGAUUUGAGUUGGACCUUGCGUCUGUUGUCAUGACUUUAGUAGAUCGACUUCGUGGCUACGAAGGCACAGGGUGUGUGCUGCGACUUGAUCAUGCAUUUGCUGCCCUUGCUGGAGACAUCAUCACCACUAUGUGCAUCGACAGUCCGAGCAUGACCUUUUUGGGCGACAAGGAUUUCAGUCGGGGUUGGUAUGAGCUGUUUCAUACGCUGAUCAUGUCUAUGCCAGUUUUCAUGAACUUUCCGUGGAUCAUCAGGCUCAUUCGACUCAUUCCGACCUCGAUACUGAGGCGCGUUGAUCCCCGUAGUCAGAUGUUUCGUGAUUGGCGUGACAUGUCGGUGGCUGAGAUCAAGAAAUCACUCCAGCGAAAAGCUACCGGAGAGACGUUGACAUACCAGAGGGGAACGAUCAAGGCUCCGACAUUGUUCGACCAUCUCGUUAAUAGUGAUCUGCCCACUAGCGACAUGUCCGUAGAGCGUCUUGCGUCGGAAGCCCAGGUCCUUAUGGGUGCCGGGACUGUCACGACUGCUCAGAGCAUGAGCCAUCUAGUCGUCAACGUCCUCCUUCAGCCAGAUGUAGAGAAGCGACUCCGCGGUGAGUUUGCUGUUCUCAUGAAGCAGUUAGGCGAGGCUUCCAUACCCCCAGCCCGAGAGCUGGAAAAACUGCCAUAUUUGCAGGCUUGUGUUAAAGAGGGACUACGACUCAGUCAUGGAUUAAUGCAUCGGCUGCCACGUGUCUCACCAGAUGUGGCCCUCAAGUUCAAGGGCUGGACAAUUCCACCUGGAACACCUGUUGGAAUGUCCGCGUAUUUCAUGCAUAUAGAUGAAACAGUUUAUGAGAAACCAAGGGAAUUCUUACCUGAACGUUGGCUGGGUGAUAUCGACCCCAGAAUGGAGAGGAACUAUGUGCCUUUCUCGAGGGGAUCUCGAAGGUGUCUCGCUCCCAAUCUUGCGUAUACUAAGAUAUCAAUGGUUAUGGCUGCACUGUUAAGUCCGUGGAGUCCAGAAAUCAGACUUCACGAUACAAAUAUGUCUGAUGUGGACCCAGUGUGCGCAUUCCUUCUCCCGCUUCCUCGGUUAGAUAGUAAGGGUGUUAGAGUGGUAGUCACAACUAGUAAGGAGAAGCUUGUUACGAACCUAAGAAAGGGAACAGCACAAAGAUAAAGAAAGAAGAAAGGAAGAAGCCCAUGUCAAGGCCUCACGAAAUAACAA